AUGUUCAAACGAGACAGAAACAUAGAUAAUGUCAAAAAAGCUCAGGGGAAAGUCCUCGACGCAAAGAGAGACUCCUUCAACAGAUUGAAGCAUAUCCGCACCUUUCUGGAGCAUGUGGAGAACCAUGAGGCGAAGGAGUUCUUCCAGUCGAAUUAUUCUGUUGUCUACUUCAUCUUCCAUGAUGCCUUUUCCAUCGUGGAAGGGAACAUUCGCUCCAGAGGAGUGCACAAAAGCCAGAGGGAGGAGUUUGAAAAUGUUCGAUACCUCUUUGAGAAGAUUCUUGUCCUUCUACCCGAGCUGAUCGCGAAAGGUUGGCAGGCUCACAGCAUCAGGAUCGUGAUGAAAAAGCUCCUCCACCACGGGAACUCGCACAAAACGAUUUGUGAGGCUAUCCGUCUUUUCAUCAUCUGGUAUCAAAUUCUGCGAGAAGCAGCACCCGCGGAAGUCGAUAUAAUGUUCGCAACGCUGAUACCGAACUUGAUACCAGGACCCUUGCAAAGACCUCGGAGCCCUCCACCGGAGGGUGCGCACCCUGCGAAAGAUUAUACUUUCUACACAACAUUGGAGAACGAAAUCGGACCCGUCGUGGCAGGUGAGCAAUCUCACCUUUUCCCCCCGGUUCCGGGGGAUAUUCAGCCGGAAGACCAGAGCGCAGCUCUUCUCGAAUUCAUGUUGCAAGUCAUGGUCACGCAGGUCACGAAGAUUCAGUGGGACCAAAUUAUUGUGAAUGGGGUUCGUCAAUACGAGCGUUGCUUCUCGUUUUUGUUGGACAAGUUCAGAGCUAUAUAUAUUCCACAUUUGUUCCCGAACAUGUCGGUCAAGUAUUCGCUUUAUCAACCUAAUCUUGACCUUCCGGCCGCGGUGCGCAGCGAUUCUGUGCUGCUAUCGAAGCAUCAGUCCUUGGUUGUUCAGUUCUUGGUACAAUACGUGAAUCCGCAAAAGGGCGAACGUGAAGCGGGAGCAACCAGGAACGCUCAGAGGAUGGAAAAUCCGUGGACGUAUUACGCGGCGCGUUCGGCAUGGAGCAGCUUCAUGGACGACGACAUGUUAAAGUCGGUUCCCGUUCUUCCCGACACCGACUUCUUGAGCGUCUAUCACCGAGCCGUCGUGAGGAACGUCCUUUACGCCACACCGGCAAAUGUGGAUUUCGUUCACGAGAUCUUCCGCCAAUGUUUCGUCUCACCGCUCGGCCAAACACAGACAACGAAAAAGGUGAUCGCAGUCUAUCGCGAAUGGAUUCACAUGAAUCUCCCCGACCCUCCGUCUUUCCUCAUCGAGCAGCCCUCUUCGGAGCAGCCUCGAAACCCGGUCUUUUGUGGCCAGCAAAACCUUUACAAAGUAUUCAUCACGAACGCGUCCAACUUCUUCUUGCUGUCCCUCCCGGUCAGCGAGGAGAAACUUCUGGAGGAACAGGUUGACCUAUGCAAGCGAGUGAUUAACAUAUACCGAUUCAUGGUGAUGAAAAAGCUCAUGGAGCGAGCAACCUGGGAACAACUGCUCUAUGUGAUUCUACACGUAACGUCUCAGGUGCUAUCUAAUGACGUUCCGCGAAAAUCCGGUGACUCUCUCGGACGGCAACUCGCACCUCCCCUUUUUCAAACGUUGAUCGUGACGUGGAUCAAGGCCAAUCUUCAUGCGACCAUAUGCGUCGACCUCUGGAACGGCUUCGUUCGGGUGCUAUCCACUCUUUCACAUUGGGAACCCCUGAUCGACGAAUGGGCUAAAACCAUGAAAACGCUCACAAGGAUCCUGACAACCCGCGUUUACGGCCUGGAUCUCGACAAUUUACCCCUAGCUAGGCUCAGUGAGCAACAAACGAAAAGAAGAAGAAACCUCAAAGGCAAUGUGAGAGGAAUAUCCGAGGGAACGCCUCAAAUCCGAACCCCUCAAAGUCGGCAGCAGCAAAGCUCGACCGAUAUCGAUGGGAAGACCGAGAAAUCAUCGCCCGAUUUGCUCGCACAGUCUUCCUCUCUGUACACGGGCCAGCUCCAACGACGACUGUCGGACUCCCACCUGCACACUUAUCGUCAGUUACGAUUCCGUUCGAAACAGCCGACGAGGAGCUGGUCGUACCCAUCGGUGAAAAACCUGGGUUGUCCACUACAUCAGGAGUCGACAAAUACCUCACCUGCCGCCUCGAGCACAGCCUUGGAGAGCAGCUCAAUGAAAGACCAUCAACUGAAUCAAAUGAUGGACUGCACAUCGUCAGAAAACGCGGCCAUCCCGAUGCAUUUAACCCAAGAGGUGUUCAUAAGAACCGGCUCGAACGCCUCAGAGUUCGGAGAACACCGAGCAUCGGUCAGCUCGCGCUUCGAUCUAGUCCGAUGUGAUUCACAGGGUGAAAGCGCUCUGAGGGAAAGCCAUCACAUGCUAGCAUUCGAAGAAGCUAAUACUGCCACUAACAACAAUCAGAACAAGUGUGAAGGAAAAUCCGCAGAUGACAGUGUUGCGGACGAUUCCAAGGAGAACAAGGAUGCAGACGACGAGUUCCUUGGAGAAACCCCAGAUCCUGAUGGUCGUAGCGUCCUCGCCGGAGGAUCUCAAAAAGGCUGGUGUCCUGAAGUUGCCGUAGUCUUGUGGCGCCGUAUGGUAUGUUCCCUGGGGAAUGUCAACAACAUCAGAGACCCAGCUAUUCACGCUAAAGUCAUGGAACAAGUCGCCGAUCUCUGUGAAACUUUGAUCAAGGUGCGAGAGAAUCAAGGCGUCUCCGAGGAUAAUCUCAGUUCGCCAACGCCUCCUCAAUUCAUCCCGCCGAUUCAUAUGCUGACGCCCUGGUUUUUCGAAGCCACCAUGCUGUCUGAUGAAUAUGAAAAAGGCAAACUGAUCGCCUACCAGCUUCUGUGUGACCUGAGCUUCAGAACGCACGACAUUCCCCUCAGUGCGGAAUAUGUCACGAGACUUUACGACGUAAUGCACAGAGGUCUGACCAGUGAUAAUCAGAAGGUUAAGAACUGCAUCAUAAAAGCCAGUGGUACUCGAUUCUUGGGGACCACGCUUCCUGGAUUUUCCUUGCUCAUCAUGGAUUUCGUGCAAGCAUCAGGAGAAAUUCUGGAUCAACAGACACUCAAAGCCAUGCCCAGGGCGGAAGCUGUGAUGACCCUCGGCGCUCAUCUAUUCAUCGGCACUAUCUACGGCGACCUUCAGACACUGGACUCGACCUAUCAUCAAGGUCAUCGACUCGUUAACCUCAAAAAUCUGGAGACCGCGGUCAUGGACAAACUGCUCUUGGCUGCAAAGGGUGACCCCGAUUGGCAAGCGCGCUGUACUGCCAUUUCGGCUGUAGCUGUAUAUUGUUAUCAGCAAUUGGUGUAUCGAAGCAAACACGCACAUUUCCUACCUGCCUUAAGAGUUCUGGUUCAAUCGCUGAAACCUUCGCCACAAGCGCCCAAUCAGAAAGGUGUUAAGUUCUCGAAAUGCAAUCAGUAUACCGUUUGCCAAACGGCCGCCGAAUGUCUUUCGUUGCUAGCGGAAUUCGUUGACGACAUGAUACGGGAUCUGCCGGAUAUUCCCGAGAUCAUUGUCAAGAGCGUGGCCGCGGUUCUCGGUGAAAUCUAUCCUCCGAAAAACCCGAAUCAGGAGCUCAAUGAAAGUUUCUCCAAUUUGAUAAUUUCGCUCAUGUUCUGCCUCGCUGAGUGGUCCAUGAAGAUCCCGCUUGACGAACUGACGAAGUCGAAACCAUCGAGUCUUCAUUCAACUCUGUCGGCGUUGGAUUCUAUAAUUAAGGGAGUCAAGAGCGAGAGUUCAAUGGACUCGACCGGAGCCUUGCUGGAUAAAAUAUUCUCAAGUCAGAAAAUCUCCAAGGCGAAAUCCGCUCUAGAGUCUCCGAUCGAGAUCCAGAGAUCACUGCACGCACCCCUGACGACUUCGUUCAGCGAUCCUCAACAUCAAGAAGCCAAAUACGCCGGCGAGCAAAAAGCAACUUCCGCGAUUAAACUGGCCGCCAAAGCGAUCCUGUGCCACUUGAUGAACAACAUAGGACACUUUCCGAUGAAUUCUGUGGGUCUUACAAAUCCAUCGAGCUUGACCAUCGAGAAUGAUGAUGUUCCCGGACUGAGUGAAGCUCCUGAGAUUUCGAAACAGACCUUCAACGCUCCCAACAUACAAUUCUUCGCGGUCAACGAUUCAAGCAUCGUUUCAUUAAUCGAAAUCCCACCGAACGAUAAGUCUUCUGAUCUCACAACCGGCAAGGCUCGUACCAGAGUCAUAGUGAGAGAUCUGUGUGGAAAGUUCUCGUGGGAGUGCGUAACAGUAUACGGUCCACUCGGCUGUCGAGCCGGAUCCUUCCCGCCGGGACCUUCCCCCGAUCCAUGCAUGUUCUAUGCGGGUUCCCCGAAAUCUUGCGUGACACCAGAGAUUCCGCUCCGCAUACCCACGAGCGAACUCGAGGGACCCGCUGGCAGGUUCCCAGUGUGCGUGGACGACGGAACCGCCCGGGAGAGCCUCAACAAGAUGCUCCGUUACAUCGGAUCGACUUCACCGGAAUGCGCUACACAGCUGCCUCUAACAUCACCGCCGAGAGCGCUGAAUCAGCAGAGCAGUCUAGCGGAAGCAGAUCAAAUCAACGAGAUACUCGGUUUCGCCGAGGCGGAACAGGAGGAAGUGGCGAAGCUUCGAUGGAGUUCGAGUCAAAGAGCUCAAGCCCUGAUGCCGCCUUGCGAUGCUGAGACCGCCUCACAACACAAUGGCACCUCUUCUGGCAAUGUUGGACUACAACACGGAUCGCUCGCACCCUUCCAGUAUUCUAGACUGCUCCUGAACCAGCUCAACUUCCUCGGCUGGGAGCGAAGGUCUACAGUGGCCCUUCUGCAGAAAAACGAUAAGCUUCUCCGUGAGGUCCGUUAUCUCGAUCAGCAACGGUCGCGAGAGACUCAUAAAAUCGCCGUGAUAUACGUUGGGGCAGGCCAAGAAGAUAAGAACUCGAUUUUGAUGAAUCAAAGUGGAAGUCCCGAGUUCGAAAACUUCGUGCGCGGUCUGGGUUGGGAUAUCGAUCUCAGAACUCACACUGGAUACCGCGGUGGAUUGGAUCAAAACGGAAGUACGGGAUUGACGGCACCGUAUUUUGCCAAUUCGUUCAUUGAGGUACUGUUUCAUGUCAGCACAAGGAUCCCGGCGAUGGAGAAAGAAGCUAUGACGAAAAAACUGCGUCACCUCGGGAACGAUGAGGUUCAUGUGGUAUGGAGCGAGCAUCAGCGGGAGUACCGUCGGGGAAUCAUCGCAACAGAGUUCGGAGACGUCUUCAUCGUUCUCUACCCGAUGCCCGACAACCUCUGCCGAGUGCAGAUCAACGCCAAACCCGACGUGCCAUUCUUCGGACCACUCUUCGACGGUGCGAUUGUGGAUCAGAGAAUCCUCCCGGCGCUCGUCCGUGCAACCGCGAUUAAUGCUGACCGAGCUGUGAACUCACUGAAGAUGAUGUUCCGCAACUAUUACGAGGUGCGGUCAGAAAUUAUCGAAAACAUCUGCAGUAACUUCAAGGAGCCAACUACUUUCGAGGAAUUCGCGUGCAAGGUUUUCGCUCCGUCCGUACUGAAGCUCUCGAAACCGUCGAAUAAAGGAGUGGACAUCGUAGACACCGCACCUCCGACUUUCUCCCUCGAUGUGGCCGCAGGGAAACCACGUACAGGAUCUGCCACAGAUUCACCGUCUUCUCCUCACGCUCCGCCAAGAUUCCAUCGGACACCACCCGUCGCUCAACCCACGUUACAGCAUUCGCAGUCCACAGUGUGA